AUGGCCCCGACACUCGAAUUCGACGAUGCAGACACGUUGCCAGUAUUUGAUAUCAAGACUCCUAUCAAACAGGCACCCCCAAUCACCUCAUCAGACAUAUCCAUACACACCGAUUUACUCACCGACUCGUCCAUCCAGGACUCGGACACCCAUCCAGCCUUGGACCCCGACGACGACUUCAUCAACACCGACACCGACAUCACCAACACCACCACCAACACCAACCUCCUCCCCUCCCCCUACCACGUCCUCCACCACUCCGCCGCGCCCACCGCCUUCGACCCACUCCGCUUCGACGCCGCCGCCUCCAUCCAACUCACCCCCUCCACCCCCUCAACACCCCUCUCCCCCUACCUCAUCUCCUCCCCCUACAACCACCCCCUCCACCUCCUCGACCUCCGCACCCUAGACCUCCAAUGCGCCCUCUUCGCCCGCGCCCUCACCACCCUCCGUCCCACCCGCCCAGACUACGCCACCGCACCCUACGGCGCCUCUCUCAACUUCCACGACGUUCUCGCCACGCUGCGCCGUCUCUGUGCUGAUGCUACCCCAGCAGGCCACGUGUGGACGACGCAAGCGUUCUAUCUCGUGGUGUUUCGGUCGCGGCUGCGUGAGGUCGUGGACGAGGAUUUCUUGUACGAGGUCGAUGCGAUGAGUCAUCGGGAGGCGACAAGGAGUGGUGGGUUGCUGAAGUAUUGGUUUGGGAAGCCGGAUGCGGAGAGGCGGAAUCUUGCGACUUGUCUCUGGCGUAAUCGCGAGGACGCGCGACUCGGUGGACGCGGGCCGUGGCAUGCCAAGGCGCGCCGUGCGGGGCGUGACUUGUAUGAGAUGAUCGAGUUUGAGACGUACUCGUUUGUGGUUGGCGAUGGGGCGGAGGAGUGGCGCAUCGAGGAGUAUCAGGACUGA